GUCAACAAAAUGUCUCAAAUAUUUUAUUCAGAGAAAUAUUCUGAUGACGAGUAUGAAUACAGGCAUGUUUUAUUACCAAAAGAACUACUAAGGCACAUGCCAAAACAACGUUUACUUAGUGAAGACGAAUGGCGAAAGUUAGGUGUAACUCAAUCUAGAGGAUGGAUCCAUUACCUGCACCAUGCACCCGAGCCACAAAUCCUGUUAUUUCGUCGACCAUUAUCAAAGACAGAAAAAUAACUUUUUCUAAAUAAUCAAAUGUAAAUUUGUCGAUGGUUAAAUAGCUGAAAAUAGAUAUAUUUGUAUUUGUGUUUACUCAUGUUUAUAAAUGAAUAUACGCAACAAUGUUUUGUACAUGUUUAUAUUUUUACAUAUAUGUAUAUUUAUUUAAAAAAUAAAUGUUAAAAUUUUUU